AUUUGGCCGAUCACCAGAGGGCACCAAUCAGAAAAAGCAUGGAGUAAAGACACCGCGGUCUAAGAAUCAAAGUGGAACAAUUUUAUAACACUAUUCCUAACAUUGGAUGUUGAUGCUUACGCAAUGAGCACACAUUAGACAAAAUGGCGAACGUAGCUGACAAACUGCGCUUGAAAGAAGAGAGAAGGAGGCAAAAAGCCUUCUUAAAACAAAUAGAAACCCCGGAACAAAAACGUCUCCGAAGAUUAGCGAAGAAAGAAGCGAAAGAAAGAAAACGGAAAGAGCAAAUGGGAUGGGAUGAAGAAUACAUGGGAUAUACAAAUACUGACAACCCAUUUGGCGAUGCCAAUCUUCUGAAGACAUUUGUUUGGAAUAAAAAGUUGGAAAAAGAGGGACUUAAAAGCUUAAAAGAGGAAGAAAUCGAAAGAAGGAACAAACUGAAGCUGGACGAAAACAGGAGAGAGUUGGAAAAAGUGAAAAGGCGGCGGCUAGAAAGGGAAAGGGAACGAGAAUCUAGAGAAGAAGAAUUGACCAGAAUUCAGAGAGAAAAGGAAGCUGCCCAGUUUAAGGAGUGGGAGAAACAAGAAGACGGGUUUCAUCUGCAACAGGCUAAACUACGUUCGAAGAUUCGCAUCCAGGACGGCAGAGCGAAACCCAUCGAUCUCCUGGCGAGAUACAUUAGUGCGGAAGAGGAGGAUCUGACGGUGGAAAUGCACGAACCGUAUAUUUAUCUUAACGGUCUGAAUAUGCAAGAUCUGGAAGAUUUACAAGAAGACAUCAAAGUUUAUAUGGAAUUAGAAAACGGGAAAAAUUGGGAUUACUGGAGAGAUUUACAGAUUAUAGUGGAAGACGAACUUCAUAAAUUGAGACGCGUCGACAGUUCUUCGACGGAACACGUGGGAGAUCGGAGAGAGGGAAUUAAUGCGACCGUCAGUGCCGACGUAGUUACGGUUUUUAAAGGCAAGACGCCCACUCAGUUACAAGCUUUAUACAAUCAGAUAAAUAAGAAAAUUCACUGUGGCGAAGAAGGAGUGGAUAUCGGAUAUUGGGAAACGUUGUUAUCCAGGUUAAAAGCUUAUAUGGCUCGUGCAAGAUUGCGGGAGAGGCACCAAGAAAAUUUACAACGGAAGUUGUUCCAAUUAAAACAGGAACAGGGAGUGGAAAGUGGACCUUUAUUUCCUUGUAUAUCGUCGUUGCCGUCGUCAUCGUCUCGAGCUGUUGUCGAAGAUACUUCUGUAACCGAAGAGAAAGCGGCUUGUGAAAAGUUUGAAUCAAAUGAAAGUAACGAAGAGGCCGAAACGAGCCAAAGUUCUCAAAUAGAAGAAUGCGAUCCUAUUAAACAAUGCGAGGACGAAUACAUUGCUAACGGAUAUAGUCCUCGUCUGUUAUCUUUUGACGAAUUAGAACCUGGAACUUUCAUCGUGGAUGCCGAAGAAGAAGAAAAACGAUUAGAAUUUGUUCGUCGGCAGUUCGCGGGUACUGGUAAAGUUGAAGACGCAUUAACGAAAGAAGAAAAAGCAUUCGAAAGAGAAGCCAGAAAAGGAAUGGAUGGUGAAGAAGCUGUUUUUAAUGUUGAAACUCCUGUCGAAAAGACUUAUCUCUGGUCUGAUAAAUAUAGACCUAGAAAACCGCGUUACUUCAAUAGAGUUCACACUGGUUUUGAAUGGAAUAAGUACAAUCAAACUCAUUACGACAUGGAUAAUCCUCCACCAAAAAUUGUGCAAGGAUAUAAAUUUAAUAUAUUCUAUCCUGAUUUGAUAAAUAAAUCGAAGACUCCCGAAUAUACCCUGACUGCCUGCGAAGACAAUAAAGAUUUUGCUACGUUACGAUUUCAUGCCGGACCACCGUACGAAGAUAUAGCUUUUAAAAUUGUGAAUAGAGAAUGGGAAUAUUCUUACAAACGUGGUUUUAGGUGUCAGUUUCAUAACAAUAUAUUUCAAUUAUGGUUUCACUUUAAACGAUAUAGAUAUCGUAGAUAAAAAUUGUGCUCGUGAUUAAAUAUGAAACUAUUGUGGAUUAUAUUAAAUGUUGUUAUUGAU